AAACCGCAUCCCGUUUAACUUCAGCCCUUUUGUAAAAAACAAACCCUAACUACUCGUCUACGCUCUCCUCUAGUUCCCUCCAUCAGACGACGCCGGCGACUGCCACUCACCACGCUGGCGACUGCCACUCCGAUCACAUCAGCCGCACUCGCCCUCCGUUUUGGUUCUCAGUUUAAAGAAAUUGGAUGUAUCGUAACGUCUUGUCUCCCGUUGGUGUUCAUGCUUCCUAGGAAGUGGGUAUCAUCAAAUAAUUAUUCAAUUAGAGGAUUAGUGGAAAAUGACACUCAAGAUCAAUAAAGGUUUAUUUGAAUGGCUUGUGUGAUGCCAUUUGGCUUAUUGUUGCUCCUAGCACUUUCACGAGGCAGGUUAAGGAUAUUGACUAAUUCUGUGGAUGCCAAUUUGCUCAUUCCCUGUGGAAUGCUUGAGUCUGUUCGGGUGGCUAAAGGCAGAGGUUGCAGGGCUACUGAUUGUGGAGGUGCUUCCAGUGUUAAGACGCAGCUGGGUGAGAGGUGUGAGGCCUUAACGCCUUGGAAGUACCCAAGGUCAUUUGGUUUUGCCAUGGAUUCUAGCACCAGUGGUGGCAGUUAUCACACACAGCCCAAAUGGAGAAAAGUGGCAUAUGGAGGUAUGCAGCCUGGGUUUGAUGACAACCACACUGACGAGUCUUUUCUUGAAGAUAUUGUCAUGAAUGCCAAUGUCGUCAAGAGAGAUAUCCUAAAGGUGAUGCUGGACUCUGUUUCCAUAUCCGAAUAUCUGUGCAUUGUCACCCUUGUUGGCUUGGUUUGGACAUACACACUUAGAUCAACUCUUGAUGAGAAUUCCCUCUUAUUUCUUGACAUUGGUCUUCUUGGUUCAGGAUUCUUAAUUCUUCUUUUCACUGAAGGCUCACUCUCAUUGAGCCUUCUCUUACACUAUAUUCUUAAUAUAUCCUAUUUCACAACUGGGUUGUAUGUCUUGGCCCCCAUAUAUCAAACUCUAACUAGAUCCAUUAGCUCAGAUUCCAUAUGGGCAUUGUCAGUUUCACUUAUUAUCCUCCAUCUUUUCCUACAUGAUUACUCAGGUUCCACUGUUAGGGCUCCAGGGGAUGUUAAGAAUCCAAGCUUAACCAGUUGUAUUUCUUUGAAUGCUUCUAUUGUGGCCUCUGUUCUUAUUGCUUCACGUCUUCCAUCUCGGUCACAUGUGUUUGCCAUAAUGUUGUUCUCUUUGCAAGUUUUCCUUUUUGCUCCACUGGUUUUUUAUUCUAUUAAGAAGUUUUCUCUUCAUCUUCAUCUCUUAUUUUCUUUCUGUUUAGUAACAAUUACUUUGGUUUACGUUUAUUUCUUACACCAGCUAUUUUUUAUUUUGUUGGCUAGUCUUUUGAUUUUUGUAACCAUAGUUUGUCCUUAUUGGCUCAUACGAAUCCAGGAAUUUAAGUUUGAGAUCAAUGGUCCCUGGGAUGAGGCCAAGCUUUGUUUUGAUAUUAGAGACUGAGAUUAUCUUUGUUUUGUAUAGAAAGAUUAGUUCGAUGAAGGUCAAAUUGAAAUUAUAUUUUGAAUGUUUAUAGUUAAAAAUUCGUGAGUUUGGAAUUAGAUUCAUCCAAUCUUUGAUGACAAUUUUAUAGACAUAUUGGAUUGAGUUUCA